AGUUUUAAUUGAAAGUAUUUCAAUUAAGAUUUAAUUUCCAAGAAAAUAAUGCUUAUGUGGCAUUUUUGAUAACUCUAUGAAAGAGACAUUUGUCAAAGUGACAUUUUACAGUCGUGUUGUUGAAAAGAUGUUAAAUUGAAAAUUGAAGAAAAUUUGGAGUAUUUGGAUGAUUUAAAAUGUCCCUGAGAUGAAAUUGAUUCAGUUUUCCAUACCUACUGAAAGUAAUAACAAGAUUGAUAUCAGUGCGUUGAAAUAAUGCGUUAAAUAACUGAGUCGGUUUGAAUAUGUUUGCUUCGUUGAAAAAUAAAAUACGGGAAGAAACCGGGAAUGAUCUUUCCAAGCUAACAGCAAAAAUAACUUCCUCUACUGUACAGAAGUUUGAUUCCUUAAGAGGAAAAUCAUUCCAAGGUUCCCAUUCUAGUAUUAAUUCUAUAUUGUCAUCUGAUGAUCUUAAAGACGGAACAAUAGAUAUAGAAGAUGUGAAAAAAAGAGUUUCUAGAAUCGAAGCAGAUUUCAAGAGAAGACUAGAUCAAAAAGAGAAAGAAUGGUCUGAAAUCAUCAAUGCCAAAGAUAAACAGUUGGAGAUUUUAGAAAAAGAAAAAGAGGAAGCCUAUAAACAAAUUGCAAAUUUGAGAGACAAAUUGAAAAUUACCGAAGGUAAUGAAGAUUUCAAACAAAAGUUGGUAGAACAUCAAGAAGAUAAGGAACAGAUAGAGAAUUUUCAAUCCCAGGAAUUGUCAAAAAUAAAACAUUUAGUAUUACUGCGUGAUAAAGAAUUGGCAGAAAAAAAUGCUUCCCUUAAGGAAGCCCAAUUGCAACUUGAAAAGAUGAGAAGUGAAAUGGCUAGACUGAGAAGACAGGAGGAGCAUUUAAGUGAUGUUCAGGAUGACUUGGAUGCUUUACGUCAUUCAACUUCAAGGGAUAUGGCUUCUUUGGCAUCUAAUUUAACGGCAAGUGAAGAAGAAAGAAAACAUUUAAAAGACCUUAUUGUUAUUUUGAAACAAAGGUUAGCUAAUGAGACUUCUGCUGAUGAACAGUUGAUUUCUGAAAGAAAAUUGCUAGAACAAAGGCUAGAAGAAGCACAUGUACAUUUAGCCGACAUCAAAACAUCGUGGAGUGAUAAGAUCACAUCUUUAGAAACACAGGUUGGUAGGCUCAGUCGUCAAGCAGCUGAAGAGGGUACUGAAAGGAGAAGAGCUCUCCAAGAAAAAGAACUUCUAUUUGAAAAAGUGCAACAAUUGGAAGCUGAGCUAGAAUAUAAUAAGUUGGAUUUGAAUAAUAAAAAUAGCAAAAUUCUGAGGUUAAAUGCUGAUUUGGAAGAACUAUCAGCAGAAUUAAAAAGAGUCCGUGCUGAAAAUGAGGAACAUGUUUCAUUUUUGAGGACUCAAUUAAUCAAUUCAAACACAGAAGUGACAGUUGUGAAGAAGAACUUGGAGAAUUCAGAGACCAAAGUUGAGAAGAUUGAAGAAGAUUUUUUGAAAUUAAGGAAAACGAUUGAUGUAGAACAUGAGUUGAAUAUAUCCUUGAAUGAAAAAAUAUCGAAAUUAGAAGGAGAACUUCAAGAAGAGAAAUUUAAUUCUCUGAAUGUUCAAAAAACUCUUUCAAGGGUUACUUCAGAAAAAAAUGCAGCACUCGUGAGAAAUGCAGAAAUAUCCCAGCAAAUCGAAUUGAUAAAACAAGAAAAAAGGCGUCAAGAUGCAGAAUUCAAUGAGUUAUCAAAUAAGAUGAACCAAUUAGAAGAAGAAUAUUCGAAAAAUAAGGAAAGUGAAGCUUUAGAAAAGCAAUUGAGAAAUCAAAUCAAUGAUUUAGAGGAACAAAUAUCGGAUAAAAAUAAAAACAUUAAAACCUUAACAUUGAGAUUGGCUGACAUGAAGAAAACCCUUCAGCAAGAAUUGAGGACUCCUACAAAUCAUAAUUAUUUCACUGAUGAUACAAAUACGGCAGCUAUUUUAACUCCAACCCAAAGUUCUGUGAGAAAUCAUUCUCAUAAUAUAAAAAGGGAUGAAGAAGAUGUCAAUUUCAAAUAUUUGAAACAUGUUGUGAUCAAGUUUCUGACCAGUAAAGACUAUGAAGCUCAACAUUUAACCAAAGCAAUAUCUACUGUACUUAAAUUUACACCAGAAGAAGAAAAGCUUAUUAAUGAUACAAUAGAGUGGAGGAGAUCCUGGUUUGGAAGUAGACCUAAAUUGUUACAUAAAUCCAAACCUAUGAGCUGAUGGUUAUUGUGAAUUUCUUGUAAAGAUUUGAUUUUGAAGUUUUUGGAAAAUUAUGCCAAAUUAAUGUAUGUGCAAAUGGAGCAUUUAAAGAAUUAUUUGAAUUGAUUAAGAAGAUGUAUAUAUUAUUAUUUUUUUGUUAUUUUACUAUUAAUGGCUGUUAUUCUCUUUCUCAUAUCAUUUUAUUUAUUUAUAACUUAUUGAAAAUAAUAUAGCAACAAUCCACUUAUUCAAAGAUAAAAGUUGUAUAAUUUUUAUGGAGAUGAAAUUAGCUGAGAUAAAACGCUGCCAAUAAGACAUUGUCAACAAAAAGAUUAAUGUGAUUCAAACCGCAAUCAUUAACACUAUAGUGAGAAGAAAAUCAAUUGAUUGUAAUUGUCAACAUUCCAUAUGUAAAAAAAGUGUAAUAUAAUAGAUAGAAUUUCUGAAAUUUUGUUCAUUUCAUAAAUGUUGAUUUGAUCAGUGUUUCCUAAGGAAUAAGUUACCACAGUUUUUUUAUAUUUUGAUUUCUUAUGUUGAAUAUUUCAAAACAAAUUGAUAUUGGUUUAGGUUGAUUAACUUCAUUCUACAUUCUUGAAAUUUUUCUACAAUAGAGAGUUAAAAAUUAUAUCCAAUUUGUAAAUCUUUAUUUUCAAAGUGGUUAUGACUAUUAUUAAAAAGAUAAUUCAAUAUAA